UUGAGGGCUGAUGUAACGCCAUCAGAAACUGUCCACAAGAACGAAGAAAUUCACUCGUUUUUCAACCACAGUAAAGGUGCUUUCCCUAACGUUUUUCCGCAUGUGCUUAAAGUAAGCGCUAGAUUUUACUACAAUUGUGCUGAAUUGUACAUAUUUGCUCUAUUUCUAACAGAAAAAGGAGAAAAACCAUCCAAAUUCUUUGUCGUAAACGGCAAGGAAUGUACCACGUGACACAUUUUGACCAAUGAGAGUAAAGGAUUUUAACAUAAAGAAGCUGUAAUAUUUGCCGGUCCGCCAUUGCCGAGUUCUGAAAGCUCGUUGGUGUGGUCUGUAAUCCUGCUGACGGAAUGGACUCCAAAGGCCAUCCGACGCUGCAGGGUUAUCAGCAGUCAGUUCAGAACACCGUGACAGCAUUUCACCCGACUCCAGUGAAUGUCCCUGAGCAAAGCGGGCACCCUAGUCUCGACGAAGACACGACUCAGACUACGACAAGCGUAUCUCAACAGCCGGCCCAGCACAACCAGAGCUUGACUGCCAUGAAAGCUGACAUGCCCCAGGCAAACCAGACUGACUCCGCCUCCCAGGUACAGCAGCUGAAGCGGCCAGCCGGCAGGAUGACCAACCAGCUCCAGUACCUGCAGAAGACAGUCAUGAAGGCACUCUGGAAGCACCAGUUUGCCUGGCCGUUCCACGCACCAGUCGAUCCAGAGAAGCUCAGCCUACCGGAUUACUUCAAGAUCAUCAAGCAUCCGAUGGACCUGGGUACCAUCAAGAAGAAGCUGGAAAGCAAUAGCUACUACAGUGCCAAGGACUGCAUCUCAGACUUCAAUCUUAUGUUCACUAACUGCUAUGUCUACAACAAACCCGGAGAGGAUGUUGUACUGAUGGGCCAAGCCUUGGAGAAACUCUUCCUUACCAAAGUGGCGCAGAUGCCUCAGGAGGAGGUGGAGUUGCCACCCCCAUCAAAAGUGGGAGCUGGAGACGACCCCUUGACGGGGGGCAAGAAAGGCAAACGGGGACGCGGCAGGGGCGCACCCCAAAGAGCCGCUGCCGCCACCGCAGCGGCGGCAGUCACCCCUUCUGCCCAUCUUGCCGAGAACAACCACACCUCACCCUCCACAAGGCCAGCGGCCCCUACCUCAAGACCAACCCCAAACACCCGGCCCACGCCCCCCACCACGAGGCCCACCCCUGCCAGGCCGGGGCCACCCAGCAUCCCCACCCAGCAGCAAGCAGCUCCCAUAGAACCUGUAUUGCCACCCCCUCCUGUCCAUCCCGGCGGCAAAGGACAGAUGUCCUCUCCACCUCAAGGAGUAUCAAAAGUCAGGAAAGGAGUGAAGCGGAAAGCAGACACCACCACCCCCAGCACCACGCCGAGCGUCCCCAGCGCCCUGCAUAAUUCCUUCUCCCCGCUGGACAUGGCGGCCGCCCCCAAGCCCAACAAGAUUGCCACCCGGCGGGAGAGCGGCCGGCAGAUCAAGCCACCCAAGCGGGAGCUGCCGGACGAGGAAGCCCAGCACCAGAAGGGCAAGAAGUCCAAACUCUCCGUCCAGCUGCGGCACUGCUAUGGCAUCCUCAAGGAAAUGCUCUCCAAAAAACAUGCAAUGUAUGCCUGGCCAUUCUUCAAACCUGUCGAUGCUGACGUGCUGGGUUUACACGACUACCAUGACAUCAUCAAGCACCCGAUGGACCUUGGAACAAUAAAGGAAAAACUAGAAAACCGGGUUUACAAGAACGCCAACGAGUUUGCUGCCGACAUGCGGAUGAUGUUCACAAAUUGCUACAAAUACAACCCCCCAGACCAUGACGUUGUCAACAUGGCAAGAAAACUGCAGGAUGUGUUUGAAGUGCGGUUUGCUAAGAUGCCUGACGAGCCGGUGACGGCAGAUGAAGACAACGAAGACGAAGAGGGCAAAGACAGCGAGGCAAGCAGUCACGGCUCAACCUCGGGGUCGUCGUGUUCUGACGAUGACAGCGAAGCUGAGAGGGAAAGUCAGUUAUCAAAGCUGCAGGCACAGCUGAAAUCAGUACAUGAACAACUGACGGCGCUCUCCCAAGCCUCACAGAACCGGGCCAAGAGGAAGAAGGAGCACAAGAAGAAGCGGAGAAAGGACAAGGAUGGGGAGAACCACCACGCCCCACCGGAGAAGGACAAGGACCACCAUCGCAGCGGAGGAGGAGGAGUGGUGGAGCCUGUGGAGAAGGAAGGCAGCCGCGGAGAGAAGCCCGCCAAGGUUAAGGAGGAGGCCGAGCCCAAGGUCAAGGAGGAGGUGGAGACCAAGGCGGCCAAGCCCAAGAAACCUAGGGCCAAGACCAACAAGGCCAAGGCUGGAGGGGAUAAGGCCACUAAGGCUUCCAAGACGAAGAAGAGCUCGAGCAGCUCCAAGAGGUCAAAGGCUGUCGUCCCUGCAUACGACAGCGAAGACGAGGACAUGGCCAAACCAAUGUCCUACGACGAGAAGAGGCAGCUGAGCCUGGACAUCAAUAAAUUACCAGGUGACAAACUUGGAAGAGUUGUCCACAUCAUCCAGUCCCGGGAGCCGGCGCUGAAAGACUCCAAUCCCGACGAGAUCGAGAUUGACUUUGAGAACCUCAAGUCCUCCACGCUGCGCGAGCUGGAGAGAUAUGUUAUGUCCUGCUUACGGAAAAAGCCGCGGAAACCGUAUGCCUCCAAAAAGGCACAGGGUAAAUCAAAAGAGGAGGCAGUCAAAGAGAAGAAACAGGAGCUGGAGAAGAGACUACAGGCAGUCAGCGGUCAGCUCGGUGGCGGGUUCCAGAAGAAAUCGGCCAAGAAAGCUCAGCAAGAAGCUCUGGAUAGCCUGGUAGAUGUCGGCGGCACCAACCGGCUCAGCGCUAGCAGCAGCAGUUCGUCGGGCACCGACAGUAGCAGCAGCUCCAGCUCCAGUUCAAACUCAUCUGACAGCAGUGACUCAGAGUCAGCUGAGCAAGCUUCACCACGGAAACGGCUGAGACCGAGCACGGCGUCACCCCCAGGGAGGAAGCCACCCACGCCUAGGAAAGCGGUAAGACAUUCUCUGCGAUUUCACCCGCCUUGGAAAAAAGCAUUCCUUUAUAAUUGGUCACCAUUAGUGGUGGCAGGUCUUAUGAAAGGACUCUUGGACUCGUAUAUCCACUGUGCGCAUGCCAACUCAGUCCAUGCUAAUAUCUUGAUGUUCUCCUUUCUGUCAAUGUCGGCAGCUCAAGCUACUGUUCCAUCUGGCAAGGCCACGAGUCAGCCAACGGUGAAGACGAAAGCGGCUGCAGCAGCCGCAGCCGCUGCCGCAAAGGCAGCAGCCGAGGCAGCAGCCGAGGCCGCAGCUGCCCAAGCAGCGGCAGCUGCAGCUCAGGCCAUCAAGCCCCCGCCCCAGCCGGAGACACCUCUCUCCAAGCCCCCGGCCCCUGUCUCGCACUUGAGCCUCCCGGCCCAGCCCAGUCGGCCCAGCAGCAAGGCCGCCCCGCUGCCGGCCAAGUUGCAGAGUAAGCGGCCGCUCUUGUCACCACCAGCAGCUGCAAAGCAGGACGCCAAGCCGCCCCUCCAGUCGCCCCCGCCACUUCAGCCAGUGCAGCAAAUGUCUCCGGUUGUGACUUCGCCACCGUCGCAAUUACUGUCAACCCCAGCGCCGGAUCCUGCAGUUACAACUCAAAAGAAUGAUGUCUCCAAGCCCUCACUUCAGCAGCAGAAACCCAAAGUUCCCGCACACCAGUCCAAGCCAGCUGGCCUGCCCACACCACCCUCCCUCACUCCUGUGAAGCCCCAGUCCACGCCUGCCCAACCCAGACUGCCGAAGCCCCACCCCCGGGAUGGAACUGUCUCAGAACCCCCCACCCUCAAAGCGCAGUCCACCACACCGCCCCCUCAGGGAAAGCCCCAGUCGUCAGCCCAACCCCCCAGGCACGACAUCAGCGGCGCCGUCCCCCAUGGGGACUUGAUGAACGCAGACCCCGACACAGAUCCGGACCACCUCCCCCCGGAGGCACCCUCCCAGCCCUCCCCUCCCUUGCCCCUGGGGGGUCGUCAUGAAUCACCAGUGUACAGCCCUUCCAUGCCCAAGCUGGAAAAGCCUGACCUGGUCCCUGUCAAGUUCAUGAUCGGCGAUGACGAGGAAGAGGACGAAAAAGAAAAGAAGGCAGAGCAGCAGCCAAUGCAAAAUAAUUCCCCCGUUUCCACGGAAACACCAGCCCUGCCUCCAACUCAGAGCACUACCCCUAAGGAACCCGUUAAACAAGCCCCUCCAACCAAACCCAGCAGUAUGCCCUCAACGAAGAGCUCGGAAAACCUCAAAAAGUUAGAGAGAACAGCUCCAGGACCGCUGAAGAAGCUCCCUUCUCAAGACGUCAAGAUCCAGAACGUGGGUUCCUGGUCCAACCUGGCCACGGCGCUCAACACGGCCAAGCCCAAGCAGGCUACGCCGGUGGUCAACCGCUCCACCAGCUCCAGCUUUGAAAUGUUCCGGAAGGCGGCCCAAGAGAAAAAAGAACGAGAAAGGGCCAAGAAGAUUCAAGAGGAGAUGAGGAAGAGCCAACGGGAGCAGGCAGAGAAAGAAAGACAGCGACAGGAGCGGGAGAGACUGAGGGAGAAGGAGGAAGAUGAAGCAUUGGAGAGGGCGCGACUGGCGCAGAAGGAGGACCAAAACAAGCAGCAGUCCCAGAAAGAGAGGGAGAGAUUACGGGAGCAGGAGAGGCGGAAACGAGAAGCGAUGGCCGGUGUCAUUGACAUGAAUCAACAAAGCGACAUUAUGUCACAGUUUGAGGAAAUGCUCUGAUAGCUACAAAGAGGUCAGGACUCUUGGCUUUUUCCUCGUGUCUUCUUAUUCCCAAAGACUCGGAAGUCAGACCCGAGAUUGUAAGUGAAAUAUCUGCAUCCAGAACUCAAGAUACCAUUGUUUGCUCUACGAGACAAAUUCUGUACCCUAGAGUGGGCACUUUUCCCUUCCUUUUCAUUGAGGCAAACAAGGAUUUAGUCUUCACACUGCAGCCAUCUUUGUCUGGUGUCUUGAGGCAUACAACAAAAAUGCCCCUAGAAGUGGAUAGCUCCUGUGCAGGCACCAGCCUAUUUUUUUUAAUACAUGGCUGGGGGCCUCAUUGUGAGUGGUAAUGUACUGAUGGCACAUUUGUGGACUGAGAAUCCUACAAAGAUGUUUUGAAGGGGCAGUUAUUCAAGAUUUCUUGUGGGAAUCUUGGCCAGCCUUCUCAUAAAAAUGUUCCCCCAUGAACAAAAGGAAAAUCAUGUUGCAAUUUUAGAGCGCUGUUGAUACAUAAACAUCUCAAAGAUGAACCAAUUUAACAACCAUUAAUGUAUCUGGUUCGGGCAUUGUCAAAUAUGUCAGCGAUCCUGAUAAACGUUUGUGAGGAAAUUUUGUUAUCUUGUCACUCUUGGCUGAAGCGAAUUUGGGCAUUACAUUUUCGGUGUUUCAGCAGCUAAAAAGGGUUUGAGGCCUCCAACAUAAAAUAAAAUAAGAAACAAAUUUUAAAAAAACUGAGAAUAGUUUUGAAGACGUCUUUACGAAUGAUAAUAGGAAGAAGAAAUACGACAAUGACUGAAAGUACUUCCUUCUAUUCCAAAAGUUUUGGUGUAUUUUUGCACCAGAAGAGGCAGCUUUGCACUGAUCUGCACUGUUGUAAGAAUUUCUUAGUUGCUCUUUUGACAGAAAUAAGAUUAUGAAUGUUUGGGGGAUGGAAAUAUAAAGAUAAAUCGCUGUCAAUAUGUCCCUCUCUGUAAUCCUUGAAACCAUGGCAACAGACUGUCUUUUUUUCUUUAAUUCUUGGUAUUCAAGACCCUUACGGGGGCAAGAGGGUUUUCAAAAUUUGUGUCUGCGUUCAUCCAUCUGUACGAUUCAAAGAUCACUGAAAAUUCCCUUCCCAUAUAUGAAUUUGAACCGCAUCUUUCUUGGUUUGGUUUUCUACAUGAAUACGAUGAAUGGAAAGGAAGCUUUCUGCCUAGCCUCAAUGUUCAUUGUUAGUACUGUACAAGGUAUUUAUGCAAAACUUGACAAAUUGCUCAAAAUAUGUUGGAGUAAUAAUUCAGAGCAGUGCCACUUGCUAGUGUGGCCGACAUCAGGCAGGGCAGAACUUUUUCACAACCCAAUCGUCAAAUCAUAACAAUCCAUGAAAAGAGUUGGACCUUAAUGCAGUGCAAGCUGGACUGGUGAACGAAGCGAGAUUGGAUUUACUCUCAGAAAUUCACACUGAAAGGUGUGGAGUUGCUGCGAGGGGUUUCAUGUAUAAGGAAACUGUGUACAGAUGUAAUCAGAGUGAUUGAAACACUAUUUAUAAAAUUGCUUGUUGGUGUAUAACAAAACUCGCCUUAUUUAUGUAUUGUACUGUGUACAGUAAGAACAUUGAUUCCAUCUGGGUUUUUUUCUAGAAGUUUCUUUUUUUUUCAUGGGUGGUACUGGGUUAAAAAGAAAAGACUGAGAAAAGCAAGAGUCUGGUCUUCAGUGGCAUAGACUAGAAGACGGUAUGAUUGUGUUUCUUUUCUUGUCUAUUCUCUGUCACGCUGCACUGAGGCAUUGUGGGAUGCAAAGUGCCACAUUCCUUGUUUCCAGAGUCACUUGAGCACUCAUCAAAGCGCCCUCUCUUGAUAUGACUGGGAAAUCGGCAGGCAAGAUAAAUCAGUGAUGUUUGUAGGCAACCACUGUGGAUCAAAAGUUCAUUCAUUUUUUAAAAACUGUAUUUCUUAGGUUUGUUACUUGUUUCACUCAGUAGGAUACCAGCUAGUUUUAAGAAUUUUCCCAUUGUCAUUUUUUAAUCCAUGUUCAGAUUUUGUCUGUGACAAAUUCAGAUUGACAGUUGUUCCGCUGUGAUAGCACGGUCCCUUGCCAGGGCCUGUUAGGCACUGAGCUGAGUGCUCCAGAGCUUAACCCAUAAAACACGUAAAAUGGUAUGCCAGAAACAGCAUAUUAGAUCUUGCACCAAUUAACCCACAUCCAUUCUAGCCUGUACAGUUUCUUAACUAUGCAUCGAAAAAAACUUGCAUGUGCCCCAGAUGGUUGUUGUAUAGCCUGGCACCUCCUUAGAGUAGUGUGGUGCCCAGGCUGUGAGCAGUGACUAUGCUCAGGUUGCCCAUAGCAGCCUGCACACCAGACCAUCAAGGAUACAGCCUGACCUCAAAACCACAACCCUUCAGCUCUACUUAAUGUGGAACCGUCUUUGCCUUUGCAUGGCAUGGCAACACAGUGAUGUAACAGUUGACUGAAAAAAGGAAGGAAAAAAAGGACUGACAACUUAAUCUGCUUUGUAUGUAUAUAAUGCAGGUCAAAGGGUAACUGACAUAAAUUUGCAUAACUUAUGAAUAAAAAUAAAAGAGUGACAAUGGCUGUUCCAAGAGUAUUUAAGUAAAAAAGUCAAAUAAGCCAAGUGUUAUUAGUUAAUUAUAAUUUUUAUUAAGUUCUGAGUUGUUUAGGCAGGCAAUAUGUGUAUAGUGAUCAAAUUUUAAAAAAUUAAUAAAAACAGUGAUUAAGUUUGUGUUGAAAGAUUUUGAGAAAUGAACAACUUUCCAUUAAUUUUAAGGUAUUCUCAAUUUGUAAUUAAGAAUCAAAGCAUAAAUUGUGAUGCAAAAAAACAGAGGAGUCAAAUUUUCAUCACGACUGUAUUUCUUAAAAAGAUACUUUUGCACGCAUGAUGAAAGACCAAACUCAAGUUGUUUAGAAGUAGAUAGGAAAGUUAGUUAGACUCUUUCGCUAACCGAAAUAUAGUAGGCGAAAAAGGGUGGGGGGGGGACUGAUACCUGAUGAAAUCCAAUCUCUGUCACAGUUAUGUUCAUUAUGAAAAACUAGUUCAUCGUUACUAUAAACCCCUAACCUCCAGGGUGUAUGGAAAAUCAUAUCGAUUUGGGACUGUGAAGGAUAGCUAUAAGACAUCAAAGUCGGCUCUACACUGAAUUUCCCUAAUAAACACAUGCCAUCAUAUCACAAAGCCCAAAAACUAAUUUCUGGAAUCCACAAACCAGCAGAGACAGGUGGAUAAAUAAGACAAAGACAAGUGAGUAGGAAGGCUUCCGUUUUUGUUUUGCUCGCCUUCGAGGGUGAACAAUAUUUGUUCUGCAAACAACAUUUCCUAGCUUGGCGAUGUUACAGUUUUUAGAACGAGAACUACCGGUAUGUACAAUGUAAAUAAUAUGUAAAGUUGUGUGUGAACAAGAGGUACGGUAUGAAUGGUUGCAAAGAGGUUUUACAGUAAUUGAAUUUCGAAAAAUUCAGCGAGUCGAAAUUAUGAGAGCAAGUGUCUGGGUUGGAGUUGGUUUUUGGUUCUUUUUCUUCCCAAGGAUAAUUCUAAUUUACCAGAAUUCAGUAUAAACAGUGAGUCUCAGUCAUCAGUUGCAUGGCUUGGCCAUUGUAUUAUCUUCCAUGGCUCAGAGUUUCAACAUUUUUCUUGUUUUCAGCCUUGUUCAAAGAGCUCGAUACAUUGUAAAAUAAUGUGGAAUACCUUCUGUAUUUUGAUACCUAAAUCUUAUGUGGCACAAUCUUAUAAUGUGUUUCCUCCAUGAGACGAGAGUCAUAGUUAUUGUCAGUGCAGCUAAUAUGUUCAUGAUCUCACUUUGAUGUACUAAAGUAGAUAUUUCCAAACAGGUCACUUGGGAGACAUUUUGUGGUAAAUUUUUCAACAUUAGGGAGACAUCGGUCAUUAGGGAGACAUGUCUCCCUAAUGCUCCACUACCGAAAGGAGGAAAAUUUUUAAUGUCCACAUUUUAAGAGAUGACAGAUUAGGCUCUGCAGGGAAAACAUGGAAAGUUUGGUUAAGAUCGGAUUAGGGAAUAUUGAAUUAUGGGACGGUAAAGUUUUAAAAAUUUUGUGCACGUUCCUAUGGGAAUGUCUGCCAAGUGACCCAUUUUCAGUAAUGAAAUAAUUUCUGUUAUCAGUGCAAGAUAAUCAGUUUACCAGGAUAUGUUCACAAGGUUGUAAUUGUUGCAAAUAAAAGUUGCUCGGAUUUUUUUCCCAGAAUGUCCAUAUACUUGGAAGUGAUGGCAUCAUGAAUUAGUGUACGGUACCUUUGAAAAUGCUCAAUAUGCAUCUAGGUAAUCGUUGAGUCCCAUUUGAUGAAGUUUAAAUUUGUAAGGUUUUAAAUUAUUUUUUUCUCCUUGUCAUUAUAGAACUAAUGCCAUCUCAGUGAAUAGUUUUCCUACAGUACUGGCAAAACUGCCUUUGUGUUUCAUUGCUGUUGACAUAAUUCAUUUCUUAUUCAAGGUGAUGUUUAUUUGAAUUUGAGAAUUGGUCUUAUGAAUCAUAUUUCAAAUGUCAAAGUAUCUGGCAAAUUGCAGAGUGUAAUUAUCAACAAUUUCUUUCCAAGUUUGGUUGUUACCUUUAUAAUGUCCUUUUCUAAGUUCUGUUAUAUUUAUUUGUCAUUUUAUGAAGAUUCUCCACCUGGAGAAAGAAGGGCAAGUUGACAAUAAAGUAUUUUGUACAUCAGAUCUUAAAUCUAA